AUGAGCUCUUACUUUGUAAACUCGUUCUCAGGGCGCUACCCAAAUGGCCCCGACUAUCAGUUACUAAAUUAUGGGACCGGCAGUUCCAUGAACGGUUCUUACAGAGAUUCAAGCACCAUGCAUUCCAGCUCUUAUGGCUACAACUACAAUGGGAUGGACCUUAGCAUCAACCGCUCAGCCUCCUCCAGUCACUUUGGGGCUGUGGGCGAGAGCUCCCGCGGUUUCCCUUCUCCAGCUCAGGAGAGCAGGUUUAGACAGGCGUCCAGCUGCUCCUUAUCUUCUCCCGACUCCCUGCCCUGCUCCAACAGCGAGAGCCACGGAGGCAAACCCGCCCCGUCCCCCUCCGAGCAGGCUCCUGCUGCCAGCAGCGCCAACACAAAUUUCACAGAACUAGACGAGACCAGCGCGUCCUCGGGAGCCGACGAGGGCACUCCAAUAAGCAGCAGCAUCCCCCGAGCGCAGGCAGAGCCCAUCGCGACCUCCACGGCAGCGACAGAAGGGCAGGCACCUCAGAUAUUCCCUUGGAUGAGGAAACUUCACAUUAGCCAUGACAUGACUGGACCAGACGGGAAGAGGGCGAGGACAGCGUACACUCGCUACCAGACCCUGGAGUUGGAAAAGGAAUUCCACUUCAACAGAUAUCUCACCCGCAGGAGGAGAAUAGAGAUCGCUCACGCUCUCUGCCUCUCCGAGCGCCAGAUCAAAAUCUGGUUCCAGAACCGGCGCAUGAAGUGGAAGAAGGAUAACAAACUGAAAAGCAUGAGCCUGGCCUCGGCGGGCAGCGCCUUCCAGCCCUGAAAUCCUCCUCCUCCUCCUCCUCC